AGGAGACGGGAGUAGUCAGAAGGCAGAAGCUAGACGAAGCUGUCAGACCAGAGAGGAUCAAGAUGUGCAAGCCACCUGUCACAGUACCACACUGCUUGCGUGGCUGACGGAGGCUACCAGUCUAUGCAGUGCUCGUGGGCGAGGCGCAAGGAGUGGACCAUACCAACUGCGGCACGACUCAGGAACAAUAAGUCUCCUCCUCUGAACCAUGCAAGACUGAACAGUAAACUGCCAUUAUAAUAUAAUCCACCCCCCUGCCCUGAGGGGGAUGACGUGAUAUGCCCGACUCAAAACUGGAAGGAUUCAAGCAGGAGCUCCAAGGUCAACACGCAGAGACCUUGGAAUAUACCUGCCUGUACAUCUGCCGACAGCGGAGGCCCAGAACGUCGUUGACGUCAAGACGGCAACAAAUGUGAAGUGGAGCAUCAGCAUCACAAUAAAGAAACAAAAGACGACGACGAAGAUUCAUAGCCACAGUAUCACUUCCCGCAAAGCUUAAAUGAAACAGGAGAAGAGAGAGAAGUCGACUGAGUGUGAAAUGGCGCGUUGCAGGCCAGUUUCAAUGUCUACGUUAGCGGUGGUGGUGCUGAUCCUCUGUCUCAUGUCAUGGGGUCAUUUCCUCUUCCUGUACGAUGCCGGGACAGGUUCCUUGCUCCACCCGACUCAAAUCCUCCCCGCACCACUGACGAACAUGCUUAUCACAGCCACUCACCCAAGCGCCAGAGACACCCCUCCUAGAGCCACUCCUAGUCACUCUAACGCUGCAAACACUCGUCCGGUAGCUCACUCCAGCGACUCUAACAAUCCCCCGAGCGCCACAAACAUUGCUUCCCAUGACACUGCUUUCCACAUCGACGCCACAAACGUUCCCACCAACUCCAGGAAUGACAACAGUAAAGCCACAAACUCUCCCUUCCAGACCAAGAAAGAGCAGAGUAAUGCCACAAACACUUACUCCAAAAUCAAAGGGAACUUUAGUAAAACCUCAAACACUCCCUCCAAAACAAAGAUCAACCAACCUAAGGCCACAAACAUUCACUCAAAAAUUGAACAAGAACAAACCAAAGACACAAAUACUCCUUCCAGAAUCGGAAAAGGGCAAAGUAAUGCCACAAACACUCAUUCCAAAAUAAAGAAGCAGCCAUGGAAAGGCACCUACAGUCCUUCUAAAAACAAAAAGGAACAAAAUGAAGCCGCAAAUACUAACGCCAACACCUCCAUGAACAGCACGAGUCAUCCGCACAGGGCUUCCAUUUCCUCAGAUCACUUCUCCUUGCCUGCAGCGUCUUCACGGUCUCCCGCGGAAUCUGGCUCCCAGUGCAGUGAGCAGUACCAGGAGGAAGGCACGAUGCGGCGAGUGGUGCUGUGGACGCCCUUCUGGCACAAGUGGGACGGGUGGAAGGGAAUGCUUCGCGACCACGGGGCCUUGAGGGAAGGUCGCUGCGCCAUCUGGAGGUGUGAGUUUCUGCUGGGCACGGAGGUCACGACGGAGCAGAUAAAGGAAGCGUACGCAAUCAUCUUCUUCAGCCUGGAUGUGAAGGCGCAACCUUUACCUCCACGCUUCCCUCACACCCUAUGGAUCUGGCUGGAGUUAGAGUCGCCAAUCAUCAGCAUCGCCGCAACAAAGUCGUGGAGUCAGUUCGAGGCUUCGGGCGUGUUCUUCAACCUCACAAUGUCCUACCACCACCUCAAUCACAUCGUGGCCCUCGCCGGAGAGCUCGUGCCUCUGUCCACUCCCCAGCAUUGCCCAAUCUCCUCCAGCUACUUCUUCAACACCUCUUCCCCAACCUACACUUCCUACAAUCACCACAUGGAUCAGUUCGAGUCUUGGUUGCGUGAGAGGGGAGUGGUUGCUGAUGAGAAAUUGCGUGCCGAGCGAAGCAGACGUCACGGCAGUUUGAUCUAUCGGGCUAAGGACAACACCACACUGACUCAGCCGCGAUCAAAUGACCAAGGCGAGAAGAAAGUCCAAGGUAACGAGACUUCUGUGAUGGAAGAAGGCAGCCUGACACUGACACCUGAGGAGAUUGCGCUGGCGACACGACCAAGAGUGGCGGUGUGGAUGGCUAGCCACUGCCCUACGGACUCUCGGCGGGAGGAUAUGGUGGCGGAGCUGCAGGGCUUCAUGGCUGUCACCACGGUGGGCAAAUGUGGUAAGUUGAAGUGCGGCAAGAACCACAUGGACGACUAUUGUUACCAGUGGCUAGCAGCGUCACACCUUUUCUAUUUGUCCUUCGAGAACGCCUUGUGCGAUGAUUACAUCACCGAGAAGAUGUGGACGCCAAUGAAGCACGGUAUGGUACCGGUAGUCUAUGGUGGAGCCAAUUACCACCACAUUCUGCCCUUCGAUUCCUACAUUGACGUGUCCAACUUCUCCAGCCUUGCAGCCCUCGCCAACCACCUGCUGUAUCUAGCCACCCACCCUGCCGCCUACCUGAGACACCUGCAGUGGCGGCGGUACUGGCAGGUGCGUAGACUGGUGCCCUGGUGUGACCUGUGCACUGCCAUUCACCGCCAAACUCACCCCGCCCGCGCCACGUUGGACCAGUGGUGGAACACCACCGCCACCUGCUACGCACCUCCCCGCUGGCGAAAAGCGAGCGCAGCGGGGAACUCCAGCGGGUCGGCAUGAACACGUAGCUCAAGGGAUGCAAUCGGCGACUAGCGGUGUCAAUGAAGCAAAGGUUUCAAGCCUCUUAUGAUUACUUAUGUUUCCGAAAGCAGGUAUAACAGUGGUCAAAAGUCGAAUAAUCUGCUACAGUCACUUCCACUAUUUUGCGUUUUCCACUCUUAAAUCUUCGGAUCUACUUUGAAUCUAUCAGUUGUCAGGUUUUAUAAGAAGACUGUCAGUGGAUCAGAAGACUUCAGAUUAAGGGAAAACGCUGAAGAUGAUAGAAAAGUGUGUGGCACGUUAACACAGUUUUGACCGUGACUAUAACUUGGAAUAGAUUUUGUUUUUUUUUUCUUUUGUGCCUGAUUCUUCAGUGAUAUUUCUGUGAUCGUAUACCCAUGACUGCUUGUGACACUAGAGUGACAACACGUAGUGCUGGUUCAGAGUAGGUUCCUGGUGGUGCUUCGUUCCUACGAGGUCGGUGUGAUCAAGUGAGUUUAUGAUACAUAAGAAAGAGCUGCACCGCAACAUUGUUAUUUUCACAACUACAUAAUAUACUCCAGCCGAACAUGACCACAAGCAUAUGCUUUACUUUAUUGCUGUAAUACGUAUUUUCAAAUUUUGUAGUAUGCAUUAUAGUGUGAAUUUUUCCAGUGUCUUUCGUAUGUUUUGGUAGUGCGUACAUGUGUAUUCACGGUUAUUGUUCUUGUUGUUAUUGUUGUUGUUUUUUGUGCGUGAUAUGGUAAGGUUUUUUGCCUAAGAGGUGGAAUGGAGUACCCUAGAAAAUGUGCCUUCUGAUAUAGUAACUUUAUGAUCCCUGGAACACAGUGUUACCGUCCUUAGGUUCAUAUCUAGAAACACUUUCUUCUCCCAUCACGCGUACUUUCAAAGGCCCCAGAAAUUAUUGUCUGGGUUUCCAUGAAUGUCUUCCUAUAAACGGUACAAAAUCUUUGUUGAACUAUCACCAACAUCAUGAGAACGCCUUUGGAAAUCCCAAUAGCUUCCAUUAUAGUCUGCUUAAAUAAUAGAUAAGUCGACGAAGCUUUUAAGAAUAAUGUAUUGUCUCUAACUUGUUGCUCUCCCUUCAUUGAGUCAUAAUGUUUCUUCUUGUUCUGAUAUAUUUUGCACCUUCUAUUUCACAUUUUGGUUAUUUUUUUCCUUUAUUUUCAGUGUCUUCUUGAGAUGAUCGCUAAAUUUAAACAUUUACUAAGUUAUUCUCACUUCUCCAACUGGAAAAUGGUGGCAUAACUCGUAAAAAGUAAUGAGAAACACCUUCCCUGACUGGCCACUCCCUAAGAAUUCAUCGGUCUUUUGUGAUGCAGCCACCAAACCAGGCCUCGUUGUCUCAAAUGUUGAGGCGUCUCAAGUACUUUUAAACAGGCUGUAGUGGAAGUUAUUAGUGGAUUUUCAGACUUUUUUUUCUGGUGAUCGUUUAAUAUACGUAGUGAAAGAAGAAUUCUACAUCGUCAAUGGGGAAAAAACAUCCGCGAGAAUCUGACUAACCUCCGUGGUCUUUGAAAAUAGUCCUUGUGAGAAUCCAAAGCGUUUCAAAGUGAGUCAUUCAUGUCACAACGAUAAUACCUGUUUGUCUUUCCACAGCCACCAAACCUGAGUCAUCCCUGCCACAGCCAUAUUACCUGGGUCUUUCUUGUCACUACCACUACUUGUAUACAGGAAUGUUUCUUGGUACAGUCACUACACUUGAAUAUUUUGUGCCAAAGUCGCGACUUCAUCUACGUAUGUUCCCCUGUCAAUGUCCGAAUUAACCGGCAAAAUUUGAUGCAAAAAGAUAAAUCAUAAAAUCUGACGUGCCUUUAUCACACACACACACACACACACACACACACACACACACACACACACACACACAUUGUAGUGAAUACACAUUGUAUAGUGUGGUGGUCAACACGCUCGGCUCACAAAGGCCUGGCUGUUGUCCCCGGGAUGUAACCUCGCUGUCCCGGUGUGUCGUGUGUAAGUGGUCUCAGUCCUGCCCAAAGAUGGCUCUGAUCUCUUUACGUAGAGUAACGGCUGAUUGGUGAUCAGCAUACUCCCUGUCUGAAUUUGUAUUUCCACCUUCCUGUGACUUAAAUUCUUUCAAGAGGGAGGUUUCAAGACACUUAUCUUGUAUUUUUUUAUUUUUCAUUUUUUGCUGCAAUUUUAGUUGCUCUUGGCCGGUGACCCUCCUACAUAAAAAAAAAAAAAAGUGGGACUACCUCUCUUUUGAAGAAAAUAAGGUCAUUACUUCUCAGCCAUGCCUGUUAUUAUUAUCAUAAUAUUGAAACAUUUCCAUUCCGAUUUUUGCACAACCUUUAUAAACGAUGCUGACAUUAUCAUAUAGCGCUUGCAAAUAUCAUUAGUUGGCAGGCUUUAUUUAUCUAUUAUUUUUUUCCCCUGAACUUCUUUGUUGUUUACUGCAUGAGUAAGUGGCGUCAGUCCUGUCAUUGCAUAGACAAGGGCACUGCCUUGUGGAUUCCGCUCUCUUUUUUUCCUAUUUUUCUUUAUCUUGUGUGAUAAAUCAAAUGCU